CGGGCCAUAAAGUGACUCCAUAUGGCCAGGGGCGGACCCACACCCGGGUGCGAACUGUCCCUGCCCCGAGCCUCACAGGCAGUCACUUCCUCCUGAAGUCUCCAAGUGUUGAUACAUUCUUCGGCAGAGGGCCAUGCUUUUGGUCUGAGAUGCUGAAGCCGCUGGUGGAGAAGCGGCGCCGGGAUCGCAUCAACCGCAGCCUGGAAGAACUGAGGCUGCUCCUGUUGGAGAGGACCCGGGACCAGAACCUCCGGAACCCGAAGCUGGAGAAAGCAGAGAUACUGGAGUUCGCCGUGGGCUACUUGAGGGAGCGAAGCCGGGUGGAGCCCCCGGGGGUUCCGCGGUCCCCAGCCCAGGACGCCGAGGCGCUCGCCAGCUGCUACUUAUCCGGCUUCCGCGAGUGUCUGCUUCGCUUGGCGGCCUUUGCGCACGACGCCAGCCCGGCCGCCCGCUCCCAGCUUUUCUCCGCGCUGCAUGGCUACCUGCGCCCCAAACCGCCCCGGCCGGAGGCGGUAGAUCCCAGGCUUGCAGCGGCGCGCCCACCGCUGGACCCCGCCGCACCCAUCCUUGGCCCCGCGCUGCAGCAGCGCCCCCCAGUACACCAGGGCCCCCCUAGCCCGCGCUGCGCUUGGUCCCCAACCCACUGCUCACCCCGAGCCGGGGAUCCCGGCGCCCCGGCGCCCCUCACCGGACUGCUGCCACCGCCACCGCCGCCUUACAGACAAGUCGGGGCGCCCAAGGCCCCGCCACUCCCACUGCCCGCCUUUUGGAGACCUUGGCCCUGAGCUUUGGGGGGCUGGAGGUGGGGGUUGGGGGUGGGGUAGAGACUGCAGGCCGAGGGCAGGAGAGGGACCCCGGCAUCCAGGCGAGGUGUUGGGGAGGGUAGUGGGGCGCGCGGGCUCAGCGCGCGGGUGAGAUGUGGUCUAUAUUAGAGUAUCUAUAUAAAUAUAUAUUUUCCUGCUUCCUAUCCCUUUUCCCUGCCCCACGACCCUGCGUGUAGGAUUGUACCCUUUCUGCCCCAGCCCAACCCCAGUUCCUUCCCGAGUCCCUAGUGCAUGGAAUAAAGUGGUUAUUAAAUCCCCGUGUGUCCCCUAGCCAGGGGCCUGCCUUUAUGUCGGCGUCCACGCCCACUUGUCCAUUCCUUUCGGUCUCCCACCUUCAGUCUCCAUGGCCCAAGCCCUGGGGCAGACAGGUAAGUGAAGAGCAGAGUGGGAGACUAAGGUCGGAACUGAAACCAAUUAGAAAACAAAGAGUAGGGUGGGGGAAGGAAUGGGGGGCCUUGAAAUUAAAACUGAGAAAUAAAACCGACUCUGGUGGGAUUCGAACCCACAACCUUUGAAUCGCUUGAUUUCAUCUCUAGAAGUCCAAUGCGCUAUCCAUUGCGCCACAGAGCCACCUGGCAGGCGGCGCCUUCUCUCAGCUUACGGACACUAGCAUAGGAAAAAGGGGUCGAGUCCGGGAAAGCUAGGGCAAGGAAACUGGGCGGAGCAUAAGAAGAGCCGGGGGAAGGGCUCAGAGGCCAGCUGAACGAGAGGAAGCCCGCGGAAAGCCCGGAGUUUAGUGGGAAUGAGGGUGGGCACGGGUGC